UUUUUGCUAUUCUGGUUCCCCCUUUCCCCAUUUUCAUUUCGGUUCAUCUUCCUCGGGUGGACUCCAGGCAACACGACGCUCUCGCCUGGUCCAGUCGUCGCUUCCGGCGGUGGGGCGAUUCGUCGCUCUCCUGCUGCGGCGGCUUGUCGCUCCUGGGCGCGGUGACUCUUUGGCCUCCUGCACGGCCACUCCUUGCUGUUCCGUGCGCGUAGACAUCCUGCUCGUCUCCGGCGUCGAUUUCUGUUGGUGCUCGCGGCUGCGACUCAGCGUCAUCCCUCGGUUUCCGUCUCGGCGUUUUUCGCAUCAUCCCAGUUGUGUGGAUUCGCAGCUUCUCAUCUUCGUCAGCCAGCUAUUUCUAGGUAAGAUGGCUUCUAAGAGGAAUUUCUCCCGUGUUGUAGAGGGAACUAAUCGAGGAGACCAUUGUCAGUCAGAAGUUGAAUCUGGAUUGUUGUCUACUGCAAACAUUAACAUGUUGGAGCAAUUUCUGGUUUUUUGCAAAUCCAAGAAAAUGAAUGAGCAUAAUGUAGCUCCAAAAGGAAUCAAUGGAGGUCCCAAUGAUGGUGCUAAGGUUCAUGGAGAAUCAAAUUCAUUCAGGGACAAGCUUAACAUGUAUUUUGGCGAGUUUUUGCCUGCAAAUGUGGUUGAUGAUUUAUGCAAGCUUGUUCAUGAGAAUUCUUAUGGGAAGUGUAGUUUUUGUCUAAUGCCUACUGAGAGUCUAGUCCUAAGUGUUCUUCAAAUUUUAUUGGAUGCUGCAAAGACUGCCGAUCAGAUGAAAGAGAAGAAUGGUGCUGCUCCUGUUGUUGAGAACAAUCACGCAGUUUGUAAUGAUAAUUCUGUUCCAUCUAUUCUAAGAGAUAAUCGUCGCAGUUCAUCAGUCAAGGAGCAAUCUAACAGGCGCAUUGUUGAAGGAAAUUUUGAAGUCAGGAAACCCAUAGGAGAUCCAAAGAAUGACGGCACCACUGUUGCUCACGCUCAGAACUCUAUUGCAUCUAGAGGACCUUCACUUUUUGCAGAUGACAAUUCUCUGAGAAAUCCUUACUUGAUUUUGGACACCCCUAUAGUUUUGCAUCAUGGCAAAUUUAAAGCUGAUGAGUUUACUUCUGUUCCAGCAAAUGUUGCUACUAUGAACAAGAAAGGUAGAAUUGAAUCCCCUAAGCCAUUACCUGAUGUGGAAGUUUUGGGUGUGUCACGUUUCAAAGAUCGUUGCAUGCAAUUAGGGAAGUUAAAUGAUGAACUAUAUAACAGAAGAAAUGUGAGUAGUAUGGCAGCUUGUCCAACAAUCAAUUUAACUGGUGGUAUUCCAGAAGGAAGACGAUUUUUAAUUACUGAUGAAGAAAAGGCGUAUUAUAAAAUCAUAUGUGGUCUUGCUUACAGCCAAUGGAGUUGUUUCAAGGCAGUUGAGUUUUCCAAGACUAGUGUGACGUAUUCUUCUUUAGGUCAAUCUGUUGAGCCUAGGGGGAAAGUAGAUAAUUUUUUUGUUGCUUGUAUGUGUCGGAAAUUUUUAGAGGAUGAGCACCCAAGACAGUCGAAGAAACAUUACUUUUAUCCAAAAGUUGGUGGUUGUCUUUAUACCUACAACUGCAUUUAUGAUAUGGACACAGUCAGGAAUUGCUUUCUUGGUGCGAAUUCUGCUCAUAAGCUUCAUUUGUCAGACAAGCUAUGCUUUCCUAUCAUUAUAGAGAAGCAUUGGUUUGUCUUUAUUGUUGACUUGAAGAAUAAACUUUUUGUGUUUUUGGAUUCUUACUUUUCUGAUAAUCACAACUUCCAAGUUCGAGCAAGGACCAAGCUUAUUAAUGCAUUCAAGGAUUCUUGGCAUCAGUAUGCUGAGGGCAACGUAGAUGUUGACACAUUCUCUGUGUUCUAUCCUCCAGUUUCAAAACAAAAUAAUGUCGUUGAUUGCAGUGUUUUUGCCCUAAAAUUCAUGGAGCUAUGGGACAGGAACGUUGAUCUCAGGGAUUUGCUUGACCAUUCUGAUAUUCCCGAUAUACGUGUGAAGCUUGGAAUUGACUUAUUCUUCAGCAAAGGAAAUUGCAUCGACAAAUCUCUCGUAAUGAACUUGUAUAAGCAGGGUGUCGAUCCUCGUGUUUGCAAUUAGUUUUUUUCAUAACUAGAAUCUCAAAGUAUUGAUGUAAUUAGUAAAAUACUUUUGGAUAGAGAUUGUGGAGAUUGUUAAUACUGUCUUUUCCAGAAUAGUAAAUAUUCAUUGUUGCACACAAUAGAACGAAUUCAACUAUUACAGUUUAUUCUUAUAUUA